AGGCGAUCUUUUCAACUGUUUGGUCAUUUACCUUCAGAGUUUCAACUCUUCUUCCCACCCAAUCUCGUUGUCUUGAAACAAAGUUGUCUGCCAAUUGUCUUUAUUUCUGAUUCUCUUCCUUUAUCAACACCAAUCCAAUUCCAUUCCUCUCUUUACUCUCUUCUCUUUCUCUUCCGCAAAGCCCAUAAUUCUUUUGUGUCCAAAUGAAUUGAAACCCAUAAAGUGGUGACUUUUCUUCUUUUCUAUGGCUUCUUGGGCUCCUGUGUAUCCAGCUGUUGUGCCUAUCCCAGUUGAUCUUUUUGUCUCCAAGAAACAUCCUGGUCUUAAUGGUGACUUGGGUUUUGCAGAUUCUCUAGGAAAUAUUGUUUUCAAGGUCAAUUUUGAUAAGUCUUCAAAGUCAUCCUUCAAAAGGGUCCUUCUCGAUGCAUCAGGAAAUCCUUUGAUCACCGUGUUUCGUGAUGGUAAAGGUUCUUGGCAAGGCUUUAAGGGUGGUUAUAAUAGGGAGGACUUGAUCUUCAGAGUGAAAAGGACUGUGAAAAAGCUUACAAGAACUGAGCUUGAGGUCUUUCUUGUUGGAGAAAUUUCGAGAGAGUCGACACCUGACUUUAAGGUGAAAGGUUUCCCCUUCCAAAGAUCAUGCACAAUCUAUAGAAGCGAUUCCAUUGUAGCCCAGACUAGUCUCAUGUACAAGCUUCACCAGAUUUAUGCCCGGCGGAGUAAAUAUCGACUAACCAUAUUUCCUGGAUCUGUAGAUCAUUCCUUGAUUGCAUCUUUGAUUGUAAUUUUCUUAUAUGGACAAUAAAAAUUGGACUCUGAGCAUUUACAUUUGUACACCAAUUUCUCCAUGCUCACACGAGAAUGCAUAUAUUAUUUCUUUGAAAGAACAAAAAAUAAUUUAUAGCAUUUUUCCGAUUUGUAUG